GGGAAAAUGAGUUCAGAGUUGUUGUGAAAUAAGUGAAACGACUAGUAGGUAUUUGGGCAUUGAACUUAUGAACUGUCAAUUUAGUUUCAACGCUUUUUUACUAAAGUUUAAAUUAUGUCAAAAAGAUACAAGGGAGGUAGAAGACAAAUUCUGCAGUUGGAAGAUAAAAAGACGUCCAGAGGUGAGAAUGAACCUUCUUCAUCUGCACCAGUUCAGAAAGCUGCGGUUCCGUUAGAUUCCCAAGUAGCAGAUUUUUUUAAGGAGAUAGAUGCUUUACGUGUGAAUGAAGAAGCUACAGAAUCUGGUUCUGGAACAGCACCCAGAGUUGUCAUUCCUGGUAUUUGUGAUGACGAUGAUGAAGAAGAAAGUUCGGCAUUAGAAAAUGUAGCAAAACCUGAGGAGAAACUGGAAGGAAAUGUGCAAAAGUCAUUACACAAAGGCACUUCUUGUCCAUGGCAAGAGAUAUGUGAUGAAUCAAGUGGUUAUUCCUAUUACUGGAACAUGGAAACCAAUGAUGUUACUUGGGAAUGUCCUGUUGAAUACGCUGAGUAUUUGAAUGCAGUGGGUUCUUCAAAUGUUAACAAUUUGACUUCAGCUAGUGGGAAGAAAUCUUUCAAAGCAACCAAAAAGAAAAAGAAAAGUAAUGAUCAUACUGUUGGUGCAAUCAUUCCUAUUACCUACUUUGGAGGAUCAUCAUCUGAUGAGUCUUCAGAUGAAUCUUGUAAUGAAGAACCCUCAUCUACCUACAAGAAAAGUGCCUUGAAAUCUCAAUUACCAUCUGCCAAUCUGAAGCAAGAAAUAAAUGCUUUGAGUUCUUCUGGUGAAGUAAUUGGACCUCAGCUGCCACCUAAUUUCCAAUUUCCUACUAAUUUAAAAAAUGCUCCAAAGUCAUCUGAUGAAUCCUUACAAAAUGAAGUUGAUGAAUUUUUGGAAAUUGGACCAAAAUUGCUUUCUAAUUAUAAUCGACCAUCCUUUGCUCAUGGAGGUGAAAAAUCAGAUUCUACUGUCUCUGCUAGCUCAAGUAUUUCACAGUCACAUAUAAAUGGAACCUCAUUUGCAUCAUCAUCACAUGAUGGUGACUUUGAAUCAUUAAUAAGUGAUCACAAGAAAAGCUAUAAAGAUUCUUACAAAAUCGGCGAAGAAAGUCCUGAUUCUACUGUCAAGAAAGGAGACAGUGUAGUAGAUCCAUCUGUAACAGAAGGGAGUAAAGCUGUACUUACUUAUGGUUACAAACCUGUUGUGGAAUAUGAUAGCUUUACUGAUGAUGAUGAUCAAGACUCGCCAAACAUAUCUUCAUCAAAAGACUGUACUUUUGGUGAUUCGAAAAGCACUUCACAGAAAAGUGAGAAUCUAUGUUCAUAUGAAAAGCCCUCUAGGCCAAAUAUUAAUGAAAAGCUCCCCAGAACAACUAAUAAGCCCACAGAUAUUAAGAAUGAAAAUGAAAUUCAAGAAAAAUUAUUAGCAAGUACAAACGCAGUUAUGAGUGACAAUAAUAUUACGUCUUCUGAAGAAGGUAGUUCCACGAAGAAUAGAAAUGGGCACAAACUAGUUUCUAUAUCCAGUAAAAUGGCUGCUACGCUUAGUGAAUUUGAGAAAGAAAUAGAUGAGAUUGGAAAAGCUCUUGGCACAAAUUCAGAACCUAAAGGGGAAGAUUUUGCAUUUGUGACUUCUCAAAUUCCAGCAGUAAAGGAUGUAGUCAAGUUUGCUAACAUUACAACAGAGAAAAAAGAAAAUGACAAACAAUUAAAAAUUGAUGGAGCUUCAAAACUGCCUGAAACUUCUGAAUCAUCUGGUGAAAACAUAAUGGUAUUCUAUUACAAUUGCUAG